AUGAGCGCCAAAGGAACCGCAUCGGAAUCGGUCAGAGUCAUCGUGCGAUGUCGCCCGAUGAGCGACAAGGAGUCGGAAUCCCACCACCGGCGAGUGGUGGAGAUGAACCCCGAGCGAGGAAGCAUCGAAAUAAGAAAAGGAGCCGACGAUGAACCGAAACAGUUCACUUUUGACGCGGUUUACGAUGAGCGAGCGCCUCAGAAACGUCUCUACAGUGAAACGUUCCAACCCCUGGUAGACUCUGUGCUCGAAGGUUUCAACGGGACAAUUUUCGCUUACGGUCAGACUGGCACUGGGAAAACCUACACCAUGGAAGGUAUACGUACCGACCCCGAGAAGCGCGGAGUCAUACCGAACUCGUUCGAACACAUCUUCGGUCACAUACAGAAAUCUCGGAACAAGCAAUACCUCGUUCGGGCAUCGUAUCUGGAAAUUUACCAGGAGGAGAUACGGGAUCUCAUCGCGAAGGAUCAAAGCAAGAAACUCGAGCUCAAAGAGCGUCCUGACACCGGUGUCCACGUCAGGGAUCUCAGUUCGUUUCUAUGCAAAUCCGUCCAGGAAAUCGAACGCGUGAUGACGGUGGGAAACCAGAAUAGAGCUGUCGGACGAACGAACAUGAAUCUCCACAGUUCGAGGUCUCAUGCAAUAUUCAUAAUAACGGUGGAACACAGCGAUCUCGAUGAGAAAACCGACUGCGCGCCAACAAUCAGAGUCGGGAAACUGAACCUUGUUGACUUGGCCGGAUCGGAGCGUCAGAGCAAAACCAAUGCCCAGGGGACGACGCAGAAAGAGGCGAUAAAGAUCAAUCUGAGUUUAUCGGCUCUGGGCAACGUGAUUUCGAGCUUGGUCGACGGAAAAUCAACUCACGUUCCUUAUAGGGACUCCAAAUUGACUCGACUCCUCGAAGACUCCCUAGGAGGCAAUGCUAAAACCAUAAUGAUCGCCAACAUUGGUCCGUCGCAUUGGAACUACGAGGAAACCCUGACGACGCUCCGUUACGCGAGUCGGGCAAAGCAUAUCAAGAACAAGCCGAAAGUCAAUCAGGACCCCAAGGAUGCGCUCCUGAGGGAGUUCCAGUCCGAGAUCGCGAAAUUGAAGAUGCAGCUCGCAGAGAAAGGCAAACGGAAAGUCAAGUCUCGCAGCGCAGUCAGCCGAACGUCGAUAAAUUCAGACAGCUCCGCCGAGGGCUGCGGUCCCACGAGCCCGGACGCGGCCGAGGUCGAGUACACGGAGAAAUUGGCUGCGAAGGUCGCUGCUCUCGAAAGUAAAUUAUUGGGCGGGAAAGAUAUCAUAGAGCAUACGAACGAGCAGGAGCGAGCCCUAGAACGAAAGAGACGGGAGAUAGCCGAGCAGAAGCGCAUAGAGAGAGAAAUGAUAAAAAAGCUCGAACUGCACGAAGAGAGUGCAUCGGAAAUACGUGAAGACUACACAAGUCUGCAACAAGAGGUCGAUUCGAAGACAAAGAAGCUUAGGAAACUCUACGGGAAACUUCAAGCUGCCAGAAUCGACAUCAAAGACCUCACGGAAGAACACAACCGCGAACGGCGAGAGAUCGAGGCCACCCAACACGAUCUCACCAAAGAAUUGAAACUGAAGUACAUGAUUAUCGAGAACUUCAUUCCCAUUCAAGAAAAAGCGAAGAUACUCUCUCGUAUCGUAUUCGACGAUGAAACAGAGAACUGGGAUCUUCUACCCUAUUCUAUGAUUCUCAAUAACGAACUAGGAACUUCGGCGGUACAUCCCCUGGCCGACAGCCACAACCCGAAGCGACUCCUCAGAGAAAUGGCGAGAAAACGUUAUCUCGAGGCAGCGAGAAGCCAAUUGGAUUUCAGCCUGGAAGUUGUGAACUUGCGAGUCCGAGAAUAUCAUCCGCCCGAAGUUUCACCCACCUUGAAAGCAUUACUUGGAGAAUCGAUGAAACCUCUGCCGGACAUGGAGAUCGACGCAGGCCAGGCUCAGUUCAAACUCGUCCGCAUGCCAUCUAGUAAAUCCAAGGGGCACCGCUCACCUAAAUCGCCGUCGACAUCGUCACGGAGUUUAUACGAGUGA